CUAAUAGGCUGAAACAAUUUCUUCAUGUUACUUAAGAGUUGACUGCUUUGUCAAGUGUAAAGAUAGUGAGACUUGUUCAGGUUGAUUUUGGACUUAGUUGGUGCCCUUAAAGCUAUCAAAAUGAGCUGCUUUACAUUCCUGAAGGUCAUGAUGAUUUUGUUUAACCUGGCCAUAUUUCUUGGUGGAGCAACACUGAUGGGCAUCGGGAUCUGGGUUACUGUUGACAGUAAAUCCUUCCUCGAUAUAUUUGGUACAAUAUCCGCCAGUGUCCUCCAAUUUGUGCAUGUUGGUUACCUCCUCAUUGCCAUUGGAGCUGCUCUGUUCCUGCUGGGUUUCCUAGGAUGCUGUGGAGCUCAGAAAGAGAGCAAAUGCCUUCUGAUCAUGUUCUUCAGCAUUAUCCUGAUCAUCUUCAUAAUUGAAGUUGCUGGUGCAGUAGUAGCUUUGGUCUACACAUCACUCGCAGAGACUAUAUUGCAAGCAACAGUGGCAAAAGUACUAAAAGAUGACUAUGGGAAAUCUAACCCACUUACUGAAGCAUGGAAUAUUACAAUGACUCAACUGAAGUGCUGUGGUUUGUCAAAUUACACAGACUUUAGUGACUCCUAUUUCUACAAGGAAACAAAGUCGUAUCCAGGGCAAUGCUGCAACUCUUCUAUCUCGUCUCUCUCUGACAUUUCUUGCAAUGAAACUGUAGCUGCAAGCUUUGAAGUGAAGGGCUGCUUCCCUCAGAUGCUGUCUGAAAUUCGUAAGAAUGCAGCUGUAGUGGGUGGAGUUGCAGCUGGAAUUGGGGUCUUAGAGAUUGCAGCAAUGGUAGUGGCGAUGUACCUUUAUUGCAAAAUGGAUGAAAAAUGACCGGAAUAGGCAACGGAAAAGAUUACCUUCCCACAAGCCAAGCCUAUGACACAACACUUUCUUAACCUGUAUCUACACCAAUUAAACAUUUCAUGGGCCUGAAGCCUGAAUGUAUGAUUAACCAGUUGACUCUACCUAGAUGGAAUCUUUAGCAUGUACAUAAAGAUGUGAAAAGCAAUGUGAUAAGAAAACACUAUUAACAUAAAGGCCCUUUGUAUUGAAAGCCAGAAAUGCCGGGGGUGGGGGCAGCAAAAGUAAACCUGGAAAUGUUUAGGCCUUCUAAAAAUGGCCUUUAUAUAUCCAAUCUAUGCAGUGUGAAGUUUUUUGCUAGCUUUGAUAUUGGUCACCCUGGGUUGUCGACAACCUCUCUAAGAAUAAAUGAUCCAGAAUGGAAUAAUUUGUUUGAAAAGUUUGGGAUUGAUUAAUUGAAAUUCCUGUGUAUUACUAAUGGGAAAUCAACAUUGUUUUUGUUCUUGACAUAAAAAAUAGAUGAGCACAUGUGGUCCACUGUUGGAGAAAAACAUGGCUGUAAAAAUUGACAGGAAAGGAAAUGACUUUCUUUCUUUUGCCUUUCUAUCCCCCACAGUAUUGGUUGUAUGCAACUUGCUAAGGACCGAAAGGGUGUCUGAUUGAGCUGGCUGUAUAUGAAAGGAGUUCCCUUUGUAACUAAUUUUAUUGUACAUGAUGUAGUCCUCUAUUUUUUUAUUCUGUGUGAAUACAGUUUAAUUUAUAAUAAUGUAACUGUCAAAUCAUAUUAUUUGCGCCUGGAUUGGACUAUUGUAAUAAAAUCUACUUUUUAAUUACAACUUA